CUGGCUAAUGGUGAGUUUUUUUAACUUAUUGAUUUUCAGUUCCUUAUAUGCCGACCCUCCAAACCUCUGGAGAUGUUCGUCUUCAGAACAUCAAUUACUACUACUAAGUAUUCGACAGAUAUGGACCAAGUCUUAAACUUUGCUUCUAAUUUGUCAAUUAUGAAUUCACCUUACCAACCAUUUGUAUGAUUGCUAUACAAACUGUAAAUUGCAAAUCCCAUAUCUAGUUAACCAUUCUCGAAAAACUCCAUAGUCAAUCUAUUGUUCAUUGCAAUCUCAGGCCAAAAAAAAUAUUAACAUAACUUGGCAAACAUGAUUUGGUACUGAUUGAUUUCUAACAUUCAUCCAAAUACAAACACAAAAAUGGUAAAUUCAUCGGCUAUCCUUCCAAAUUUUCUAAUCUCAACAAAUUAACCAAAUACUCCAGUCUAAAUCAGCAUUUAGGUUUAAGUAUAUCCAUCCAUCUACAUUUAUAGCUGCAUCACCAAAAGAUGAUCUAGAGUCCCUAGGAUUCAUAUUAAUGUAUUUCCUCAAAAAGGGAGACUUGUUUAAAGUCAAAGAACAUGGAUCCAAAAUCAAAAAAAUGGAAGAGCAAAAAUUGAGAAUGAUUCCAGAAAAAUACUGUAAAGAUAUGCCUAUAGAAAUACUGCAGUAUUUUUAAUUUAUCAGAAUGACCACUGUCUAAUAAUACCCUCUUGGUGAUUACGAAUUCCUAAAGAAACUCUUCAGAAAUUUACUUCAGUAACUCAAUGUUAACGAAAAAGAUUUUUAAUACGAUUGGGUAUUUAAUCUCCAUUGAUAUCGUUCUAGAUUAAAAAAAUGAACCUUUAGCAACAAACUCAACAACAAUUUUAGUAACCUCAAAAAGAGUCAUCCUGUCAAAAUCAAACUUAAACCAAAAUAGUAAUUCAUCAACCUCAAAAUUUGGAAGGCAUCCAAGAAGUACAAACUGAAUAGGAGAGAUCCUCUAUUAAACGAGAAUUCUAUAGAUAAAUCUCAUCAUUAUGUAUUUCUGAUGAAGAAGACAAACAAUUUGAAAGUGUGAGCACUAAAAUGCUUCAUCUGCCAAAUAUGUUUGAUUUAAUCAAACUAAAAAGUUGA